AUGCGUCGCUCGGAUAUGGUCGCGAAUCGACGCUUCGAUGAGCUAGCUGUACGACUAGACCAGCUAUCGGUCAACAUUAUCAUCUCCGCCGUGAGUGCAGAAUUAUCGUUGACGCCAAAGUUCAUCCACUAA